CCUUGGUGUCAGUGGCCCGGCACCGGCGCCCUCUCCGGCCGUGGCGCAGCCUUGGCACCUGUCGGCCGGUGUGUCCCGGAGCUGGUGCCCCUGACUCCAUUGGGGCCAGGGAGGGCCAUGAUUUCCCUGUACAGGCCCCAGGCGACCAACGUGCUGCGGUUUUUGUUCCUGGGGCUGAGUACCCUCGCAUUGCCCUCGCGGGCCCAGGUGGAGAUGCAUGUGCCCGCCGGCCUCGCCAGGUUGCAGGCGGUAGAGGGAGAGGAAGUGGUGCUGCCGGUGUGGUACACCCUGUCUGGGGAGGUGUCUUCGUCCCAGCCGUGGGAGUUGCCCAUCGUGAUGUGGUUCUUGGAACAAGAAGGGAAGGAUCUGAACCAGGUGUUGGCCUACAUCAAUGGGGUCACAUCAAGCAAAUCUGGAGCAUCCCUGCUGUACCCCAUGCCCUCCCGGAAUGUGUCCCUGUUGCUGCAGGGCCUCCAAGAGAAAGAUUCUGGCUCCUACAAGUGUUCUGUGAAUGUGCAAGAUGGUCAAGGAAUACCUAGAGGCCACAACAGCAAAACUUUAGAACUCAAUGUGCUGGUUCCUCCAGCUCCUCCAUCCUGCCAUCUCCUGGGUGUGCCCCGUGUGGGGACCAACAUGACCCUGAGCUGCCAGUCCCCAAGGAGUAAGCCUGCUGCCCAAUACCAGUGGGAGAAGCUGUCCCCAUCCCCUCAGGUUUUCUUUGCACCAGUUUUAGAUGCCAUCCGUGGGUCUUUACGCCUCACCAACCUCUCCAGUUCCAUGUCUGGGCUCUAUGUCUGCAGGGCCCGCAAUGAGGUGGGCAGUGCCCAGUGCAAUGUGACCCUGGAAGUGAGCACAGAGCCUGGGGCUGCAGUCGUUGCUGGAGCUGUUGUGGGUACCCUGGUUGGAUUGGGGCUGCUGGCUGGGCUGGUCCUCUUGUACCAACGCCGGGGCAAGGCUGUGGAGGAGCCGGCCAAUGAUAUCAAGGAGGAUGCCAUUGCUCCCCGGACCCUGCCCUGGCCUAAGGGCUCAGACACAAUCUCCAAGAAUGGGACCCUUUCUUCUGUCACCUCAGCACGAGCCCUCCAGCCACCCCAUGGCCCUCCCAGGCCUGGUGCAUUGACCCCCAUGCCUAGUCUCUCCAGCCAGGCCCAGCCCUCACCAACAGUGCCCAGGACAGAUGGGGCCCACCCUCAGCCAAUAUCCACCUGUCCUGGUGGGGUUUCUUCCUGUGCUCUGAGCCGCAUGGGUGCUGUGCCUGUGAUGUUGCCAGCCCAGAGUCAGGCUGGAUCUCUUGUGUGAGGGCCCAGCCAUUCCCUGGCUAAACCACCUGGUGUCUCGCCUGAGUCUUGGGAGGGUAGCCAUGCUCCAGACCGCCAGUCCUCUGCCCCACCUAUAUUGUGGGAAGCUGAGUCUCAGUAAGACCCAAAUGUCCAGGAGGUAGAAGGAGAAGAGAAAGGGGACCUGGGAUUGGAAGGAGUCUCCACCCGCUUUCCUGCUCCUCCCUGUGAAGCCAGCUGAAUCUGCUGAGAUUGGCUCCCCACCAAGGGCCCUGGAGGAAACUGCCAGGCAAAGAGUCCCUCAGGACCCUUUGAUCUGUACCCCACCCCUCUCUAAUGCCAUCCUUUGUUCCCACUCCAUCUGUCUACAUUAAUAUUACCUGUCCUGCUGGCUUGGUUGAGUUUUGUUGGGGCAGGAGAUAGGGAAGAUAUUUUAAAAACUAACUUGAAAUGUGUUUUUAUUUUGCAAAUUUCAAUAAAGAUACAUUGUGUUUG